GUGCUGGAGAGCUCCUAUCCACCGAGACCCGGCAGCGGGUGUUCCCCAGGUUUAUGAUGGAACUUACCUGUUUGCCUAAACUCCUUUCUACAAGUGACAACAAACUUUUGCAUCACCAUUUUCCAGACAUAUUGGCUACUGUUCGUACCACACAAGAUAUUCCUGAAGAAGCUGUUUUUGGACCUUGCAUGCUCCAGAACACCCUGCUUGACACAGUAGCUUUUAUUGCUCUCAAGUGUUCUGAUAGACGAAACAUCCAGUAUGUAUUUAAGGUAGACAUUACAUCUGUGCACAGUCCCACAGGAUUGCCUUGGAUGAGACUUGUGCAAGCAGCUGCCAAUAGAAAGGAACAGAACUUGGAAGCUUACUUAGAAAACAGUCAAUUAUAUUAUCGCUCUACCAGGAAGAUCAACAAAAAUGAGGAGCUGCUUGUCUGGUAUGAUGAGGAGCUUUCCAGCCUUUUGGGUUUCAAUGAGAUAAAAGCUCAGAGUCCCCAGAAUGAGUUGAGAUGCCAAGGAUGUGACCGAGUGUUUAAAUGUGAGCAUUCCUAUCUGUCCCAUGUCCGCUUCCUGUGUGUGCCAGAGAAGAGCACCCCGUUAUGGAGAAACUUCCAGAACCUUAAGCCUGAAAAGAGCAACUUAGCUGAGCAGACCACCAAUUUCCACAGCCUGGCAAGGGAUGUAGAGGUCAAAAUGGCAGCUUGUAAAGAUGAUGCCCUUGGUUUCACAAGAGAAAAGAGAGCAAAAUCUGAGGACGCUGAGAACAACAGGAGCAGGAAAACAGUGUUGUUGGAGAAAACCAAUUAUUUGAGUGAGGAACAUAACUGUGGGGUCAAGGAAGAAGUUGGGCAUGCAUCAGGUGAUUCUUUCUGGAAGCUUAAUUCAGGGAGGCAGUCAGCUAGAAAGGAUGCUUUAGAGCAGAAGCAGAGUGCUUUUACUGAGGUCAGGAGGAUGAAGGAGAAGCUGAGGAAUGAGAGACUGAAGAAGCCAGAACAGGAGGAGGGUGAGGUCCCACUUGGUAAAGAUCACGUAUCAAAGGAAGUGUUGCUGAACUCCUCUGGUAGUGCAUUCUCUUUUGUGUGGCCCACCAGAACCCAAGAACAGAAGAGUGCUUUCAGCAAACCCAGUAAUUGUCUGUCAGAAAGAACUGCAGUAAAUUCUUCUCAUCCCAUGGGAGACUCACCAAAGAUCCUAGGGGAUCUCUCUGGCUUCAUUGACACCACAGACAUUUUGUGCUGCAGCACUCUUCUCAAUUCCAAGUUCUUUGUCAGUGAUUUGUGUAAUGCUCAGAUGCUGCAGACAAACAUCAGUCAGAGCAAUGUUUUUCCAUAUACCUCAGAACCGUGGCCCAAGCAAGCAGCAGGACAGUUACAAAACCCAACUACCAUUUCUUCUUCCUCCUCCUCUUCUUCCUUGACUCUUCUUCCCCCCACUUUCACAUCCUUUGGGGUGGCUGCCCAGAACUGGUGUGCUAAAUGCAACCUCUCCUUUUGCAUGACAUCUGAUUUAGUCUUCCACAUGAGGUCACAUCACAAAAAGGAAUACUCCUCAACUCAAUCCCAGUUCAAGAGGAGACGAGAGGAGAAGCUGACGUGUCCCAUUUGUCACGAGUACUUCCAAGAACGCCAUCACUUAUCACGGCACAUGACUUCUCACAAUUAGAGCUGUGCAGACAGAUGUCACCAAGCAACUGGGCAGGUUGGGCAAAGAUGGGGAACACGGUUCACUUGUAUCCAUUUCUUUUUGAGUUUACAUUAUUUUCUGACAGAAAAUCACUGUUUACAAUAAUUUAUAACAGAUGCUUUGCAAAAAAAUAUAAAAUGUUUAC